CGUAUAAAAUCGAAGCUCUUUCCUAAGUUUACUUCAUUGUAUACUUGCACUGAAUCCGUUCUUUCAUCAGGAUUGUGAAGAUCGAGCUAGGGAUCGAUGAGUAAGACAUGGGCUCUCAUCACCCACCUCCACGCUAUUGCAGGGCCGAGCCUGACCCUGAUAUACCCGCUGUACGCGUCGAUCUGCGCGAUGGAAAGCCCGUCCAAGUUGGACGACGGGCAAUGGCUGGCAUACUGGAUACUGUACUCCUUCAUCGCCCUCUUUGAAAUGGCAGCCGAGCAAGUCUUGUACUGGAUACCGUUAUGGUACGAGGUGAAGUUGCUGUUCGUGGCGUGGCUGGUGCUGCCGCAGUUUAGGGGCGCAUCCUUCAUCUAUGAGAAGUUUGUCAGGGAGCAGAUCAGGAAGCACGGAGUGAUGCUGCACGGCCAAGGUCACGAUCACGAUGCUGGCCACAGAACGCACAUCCUGAAGGCUGAGCAUGGCGUGCACUGAGGAGCUAGCAGCAAGCUAGCACAAUAUUAGUCCGUCCGUCAGGCGACAAACCUAACGAAACCUCCGUGGAUUCCCUUCCGCUGUGGAGUAGCAACACAUGGUUGCAAAUCUGUGUAUGAUUUUAAUUGCAUUGCGCAAGAUGGGCGUCCUGGUUGAUAUAUACAGUAUAUAUUGCUUAUCUGGUGAGAAGAAUGUCAGAACCUCGGGUUGGACUUGGA